CGAACUCGAUUCUGUUUUCGGGGCGUAGUGGGUUUCCCAUGUUAGCCGAAGUUAACUCUGCACCGACAUCCUCCAGUUUAACUUCAUAUGGACUCAGGCGCUACAUGGUCUAACCACAUGACUCGUUAAAACGAUUACAAAGUGAAAUUAAACAACAUUUCCACAAACUUCUUUUCUCGUCUUCUGUGCCGAGAUCAUGAAACACCGGUGCAUCAUCAUUAUUGGUCCCCGACAGCUCACUUCGGUUGUGGCUUUUUUUCAUUUGCAUCCUUUUAUCUUUGCAGUAAGAAACUUUUUUUUUUUUGCAGCAGUGGCAGUUCUUGACCACCGUAUAUUUCUCUCUGGUAAAUAUCAAUAAAAGUUUGUUUUUCUCUCUUCUGCAGUAAAACAUCAAAUCAAACUUUUCUCUUCAACAUGUGGAGCAGACUGUUGUUGAAGCAGGUUCAGUCAGUCUGUCUGUCAGUCACGCUCGUGUCGGUGGUUGUGGGCGUGGCUUCACACCCGGCGGAGCUCGAGCUUCAGUGAGAUCACCUGAGGAGGUUCAGAGAGUCCGAGGGGGGCAUCAGAGAGACCUGACCCGCAUCAUCUGGACCAUGAGGACGUGUUUGUCGGUGGUUCUGGUGUCGGUCGUGGUUCUGAACUCUUGGGUGAGUCCGUCUGUUCAGGUGUUCCAGUCUGGACUCACCUUUCUCACUUCCUCAUGCAGCCAUGACUGACUCUGUUCGGGUCAUGGAGGUGUGUGGAUUUCAACACGAAACAAAUCAGUUUAAUUUUUCAACUCUGACCGAUUUUAUUUGAGUUUUAAAGUUUUUGUUUAAUUCUCAGAUUUAAAAAUGAGAAUUUAAAACACUUCGUUAAUGUUUGUUAGUUUGUUGUCAGUCACGUCCUUUUAACACUGAAAACCUUUAAAUAAAUACUGUAUCAGCAGCCUUACUGUCCACAGUAGAGAGUAAGUAUGAGAAAAUGUCAGGUGAACAGACUCAGAGGAACAUAGAUGUCUCUGUGUUUGACCAGAGGAUCAGACUUCCUGAUGAUGAUUUGACUCUUUUCUUCUUCUUCACUUUGACUCUUUCAUACCUGAGGAGAAAAUGGAGGUGUGAGCAGGUUCAACAUGACACACCUGUUAUUGUUGGCCUACUUUAUUAUUAAAGCGGUAUGCUGUAGGUGUAAUCUGAUUACAUGUAAUCAGAUUACUUUGACUAUCACACUUUAAAGGCUUCAGAGUCAUUUUAAAGAAAGUGUGGAGGUGUGUCAGGAGGGUAAAAACGUUACUUUUGACUCUCAGAGGAUUUAUAUCUGAAUUUCAUUUAUGAUCAUUUCUUCAUGGAAAAACAAUCAGACCGAGACGCUAAGACAGAAGAACUACCGCGUCUGUAAAAUGAUUAAUAUGGUGAUUAUUACCUCAAGGAAAUGAUAAAGAAAUGAUCAUAAAUGUUCUUCCUUGAGCUGCGGCACCCCGCUGUAGUCUGUAAUGGACUGGCCUGAGGUCUCUACAAACAAGCGUCUGCUGGAAGAGAGUAGGUGAGUUGUGUUUAGUCUCUUUGCUAAAGAAAUGAGUCAAAGUUAUAAAGAACACAGUGUAGUUCUGUUCAGUAACAGAACCUCAUUGGAAAAUAAUCUGAUUUAACUUUACUGUGCUCUUGUUCAAAUAUAUUAACUCGACAGCACAUAAAUCCAUACCUGUUAACAAAAUCAUGAUUAUAUUGAUAAUUCGUCUCAAUAAAAACACCUUUACCUUUUCAUUUUACUACAGUAGAAGUUUAUUGGCCCAGAUUAUAGACUACAGAGGUGGAGAAACGCCCCCGCUUAAGUUUGUUUUCUUAGGAGUUACAACAACUCUGAAUAUAGUACUAUGUCUGUGACCCUAUAUGUCCUGUUGAUGAAGUUAGGUGCUGUUCUGAGCAUUAUUUGUGGCUAUAGAGUGGCGUUUUGGUUGAGGGCGUGGCUCUCUGUAUUUCUAUCCUGCGGUCGUUACUAAAGUUGGUAUAACUAGAGAAGGAAGCGGUCGACAACAUUCAUCUCUGGAGGCGGGGUCUAACUCGGGGUUACGGUGGGUUUGACCCUAAAAUUUAACGAACAUCCGCACCCCUCCACCGAGUCCUGACCCCUGACCUGUUCACUGUGAGUUCAGACUGUAGGAGGGUCUUCUUCUGCUCCACCCUCCAGAGGAAGGUGAUGGUGUUACUGAUGUUAGUGUUCUGGGGUUGAGGCAGAGAUCUGAAUGGUUUCAGGAGUGAAGGAUCAGAGUUUUCUCCUCCUGACGGUCGUGGUUAUCAUAUCUGACGUCUCGUUAAACUUUAUUGGUGAUAAAACUCGUGUCAGACAGAGAGUUGUUUCAGCCUGUGGGACUUUGUAUCUGGGACAUGAUUCAUAUCUUCAUGACCUUCUCCAGGAAACGACGGUCCUAAAACACGCCCUCAACCCUCUUUUCUUCCACGACAGAUUUCUGCUUCUGCUGAAGACCUGGAAGGACCUGGAACUGACCUGGAAGGACCUGGAACUGACCUGGAGAGUUCAGGCUCUGGUUCAGGGGACUGGUCAGAACAAGGUAACGCUGAAGAUCAUGAAGGAAAACUUCAGGCUGUGUCUGUUUUUCAAACGUUACCCAUGAUCCUCCAUUGUCUCUGUUUUCUAACAGAUGAGGAUGAAGAUUUCUGGGAGGUCUGGACUUCAGAAAACACAGAAGAAGACUCCAAGAGUCCUCCUUCUCAUGUAUGUCCCUCAUGUUCACAGUUGUGGAGAACUCAGCAGUGUUUGGUGACGCCUCUCCUUCUUUCUCUUCAGGAACCUUCUGGAACCUUUGACGAGCAGCAGUGGCCGUCCAGAGACAGCUACGUGAUCCUGGCCAACAGGAAGACCUUCCUGGAGAAUAAAGAAGUCCUGGAUGGUACUUUUGUUAGUUUGUGUUCUCUCUGAUUCAAGAGGAAGAGCUUUUGUUUCUGACUCUGUGUUUUUAUAUUUACAGGAGUGAUCGCAGGAGGAGUCACAGGAGUCAUCCUCGCCGCUACAGUGGCGGCCAUAUUGAUCUACAAAUGGCAGAAAGAAGAUGCUGACUGUCAUCGGAGGUCACGUGUCCCUUCAGAGGAGGAUGAUCGGCGGCGCUGCAGAGACGAGGUUCUCGUUGUUUAAUUUUAUACACUUUAAAAAAGGUGAAGUUGGGAAAAGCACCGACUACAGCAGUUAUUGUAGCACUUCAUCCAAACUGUUGUUGGUCAUUAAGAAGGUUUUUAUUCCUCCAAUAAUCUGGAAUAAUUUCAGAUGAAAUGACAGUGAAGUCUGGACAGGAUGGAGGUCAGUCUGUUUGAACGGAGAACAGAAACACACACACACACUCGAUGAUAUUUGACCUGCUGUGUGACUGUCUGUAAAAUCUCAGUGUUUGACUUUUAUUACAGAUUUAAUGAUCAUGUGAUUGAAGAAUGAAGGAGAACUCAUCUGAGGCUGUUUAUUAGAUAUUCUGUGUUUUAUGAUGAGAAGCAGCUGCAGUGAAGUUGUGAAGACGUGUCAUGAAGUUUGAUCCACUGUUUUAUUUUUAUUUUGUAAACAGAUGAUCCUCUAGUUUUAUGUGAAGAUGCAUAUUUUUGAUACUGUCUGAUCUAAAUGAAGUGUAAAAAUGAGCUGCUGUUAUACUUGUUAUCACACGAUACCUUUGACUCCUGAUGAAAUGUUGUGACCUGUUAUUACAGUGAAUUCUGACUCCAUUAAAUCUUUAAAUUACACCGGAUCAGAUUUUUAGUUCAAACUUAAAUCAAAUACAAAGUUAUCAGGUUAAAACAGUGAAAACACAAUAUAAUGUGGAAUAACAAUAAUGUAAACGGGCGAACUCAGACCUGAUUAAGUUUGUCUUUGUGUUUUAGUUAUGUGCUGCUGAAAUGUUGGUUCACCACAAAGUCUGUAAAUAGUUCAAUUACCACAAUCCAGCUGUCACCUGUGAACACAGGACCUGGUGGAGGUCUGGAACCUCAGGGUAAAUAACUGUAAUUCCUAUAGACUGUAUAUACUGUACUAUACUGUACUCUGUAUACAGUCUGUGGUUAAUCCUAUUUUGUGAUGAAGUCCACUCUG